AUGCAGUCUCAUUUAACCCCUACGGUUGCACCAUAUAUUUCUCCUCUCUACUCAGCUGCAGCACCGCAACCCCAUGUAAAUUCACCCGCACCUGUUUCCGAUUCAAUUCCUUCGUCCAGUCGUUUGCCAAAUGUUGCUUUUGCUCAUGUUCAGCCACCGUCAAGGAGUAAUCCUUAUGAAGGCUAUUCUGGCAGAAGGCCAUCAGCUUCGCCUUCACCAUUGCCAUCUUCUGAAAUUAAUUUCUUCCAUGAAUUUUCAUUCUUGAGCUUUGGCAUCCACUCCUACAUGAAUGAAAAUUCUGCUCUGGCAUUUGUGCAUAUCUUCCGCAUGUUUUCAUACCAUCGGAUGGAGACAUCUUCACUCUUCCUAGCUCUUGUAUUUUACAUUUGUAAACAACAAAGGAUAAACAAUCCAUUUGAGGAGGAGGUUAACCAGCGCAAGGAGGAGGCAAACUUGAUACAGGUUGCACGUGGCGAGUGUUCGUUGAUCAGUGGUUACUUCACAGUGGUAAGGUUUCCUCUAUCAAAGAUAAACACAAUGAUUAAUAUGGAAGUAGCAGCAUUUGGUGGACUUUUUAAACCACUGUUUGAUAGGAUUAGCAGUUUCGCUUCAAGUGGGAUUGGCAACAUUGUUGAUAUCGACAAAAAGAUUGAAAAGUUUGAUGGCAUGCUAGUGAGGGUGGUGGAGCUAGUGGAUUACUUGAACUCGAGGCAGUUGACGGGAGGAAUGUGGGAGAUUUGGCUUCGUCAACUUCUUGACACCAUCUAUGAUGCAGAGGAUGUUAUGGAUCAAUGUUUUAUCCUAUCUUUAAAAUCAGAUCCUAUUGAUGAGGAGCAUAAGGUGCGGAAUGAGAUACUUUCACAGCGCAAGUUUAAACUUCCUGGUAAAAUAGUCAAGUUAUCAGCAAAGCUCGAGGAAGUUGCCAAAGAAUUUGACUCCCCAAUUAUUAUCAACAUGAUAACUUCCCAAAGGCAACGGGAUUUUCGCACAAGUUCUCUUAUGGAUCGAAGUUUUUUAAUUGGGAGAGAGAAGGAGAAGCAGGAUCUAAUAAAUUUAUUGUGCACCGUCAAUGCUGCAAAGGAGGACCUUGAUGUUAUCCCAAUUGUCGGAAUUAGCGGGGUUGGCAAGACUUUGCUUGCUCAGACGGUCUACAAUGAUAUGAACAUAGACGAGAAAUUUGAUUUGCGGAUAUGGGCUUCUAUGUCUACCAGUUCUAGCGUGAUGGAAGUUACGAAGGCCAUCAUAGAGUCUGCCACUAAAACCAGUGUUACUCUUUCCACUCUUGACGCCGUUCAAAGACGACUGUGUGAAGUAGUCGAAAAUAAGAAGAUUUUUUUGGUGCUUGAUGAUAUGUGGGUGGAAAACCAUAAUUAUUGGGAUGAGUUGAAGCUUCCAUUUGCUUAUGCCGGAACAGAAAGUAAAAUCUUGGUGACAACCCAGAGUACCAUGGUUUCCUCCAUUGUCGCCAGAACUGGUGCUUAUAAUUUGGCGCCUCUGUCUGAUGAAGAGUGUUGGGAGAUUAUCAUGCAAAAAGCAUUCUCAAGUAGAAAUUUGUGUGAGAUGGAAAACUUGGAGGGAAUUGGUAAAGAAAUAGCAAAAAAAUGUUAUGGAGUACCAUUAGUAGCAAAGACUGUAGGCUGUGUUUUACGGCAAAGAUUGAAAGAAAAACAAUGGCAUGAGGUGUUGGAAGGUGACAUUUGGGAACUGGCACAAGUCAAAACAGAAGUCUUCCCAACCCUUAAAUUGGGUUUUGAUAGACUGUCUCCAUAUUUGAGAAGAUGCUUUUUAUAUUGCUCUAUUUUUCAUUCGAAUUAUGAGUUUCAAAAGGACAAUCUUGUUCAAAUGUGGGUGGUAGAAGGAUUAGUUGUACAAGAAAAGAGGAGAGCAAUUUGGGAGGUUGGCAGGGAGUAUUUUGAUGAUUUAUUAGGGAGGUCAUUUUUCUGCGCGUCUGAUUUAGUUGGUUAUCGACAACAGUACAAAAUGCAUGGUCUGCUUCACAAAUUGGCUGAACUGAUUUCGUCAGAUUUAUGCUUCCGAGUGGAGGAUAGAAGAAUGGAGAUGAAAUUAUUAGGGAAACACAGAGGUGCUCGACAUUCAUCUCUGACUUGUUCUGACUUUUUUCAGCCAUUAAGUUUAGAGCCGUUCCGUAGAUUCAAGAGACUAAGGACCUUUAUGUCAGAUGGGCUUGAAGGUGAAAUUGUUGAUUCUGGUUUCUUUAAAAAAUUGAAGCGUUUAAGGACCUUGCAUUUUAGAGGACUUGAUAUGAGAUUGAUUCCAGAUGCUAUUGAGCAUCUCAUACAUUUGCGUUAUCUUGAUGCCUCUUACUCAAAAAUAGAGAAGUUGCCUAGUGGAAUUGCUAACAUAAUUGGACUGCAGACAAUCAAACUCAGGGGUUGCAAGAACUUGAGACGUUUGCCCAAUAAUAUGAAAAAGUUGAUAGAAUUGCAACAUCUUGAAUUGGGCAGUGACACUCAACUUAUGUUCAUGCCACCAGAAUUUGGGAAGUUAAAACAAUUGGAGACACUUGAUGUGUUUGUUGUUGGGGACAAGCAAGGGAGCUCCAUUGCUGAACUUGAGAACUUAAAUAAUAUCAAAGGAGACCUCUCCAUCAUCGGUCUUGAGAAUGUUAGCAAAAAAGAAGAGGCAGAGACUGCAAAGUUGAGUGAAAAAUUGUACUUGGAAAACCUACAAUUGCGAUGGAAUCAAGCAAGUGAUAGCCAGCUUCAAUUAGAGGUGCUUAAUAGUCUCCAACCUCAUAUGGGAUUAAAGCGGUUGACAAUCGAAAAUUAUGGGCAUUUGGGGUUUUCAAAUUGGUUAGCUGACCCAUUAUUUUCUACUCUUAUCGAGCUCAAGUUGAAGGAUUGUCGAAAUUGUGCAUAUCUUCCUCUUCUCGGUCAACUUCCAGCUCUUGAAAUUCUUCUGAUUAGUGGGAUGCAUGAACUUGAAGAAAUUGAUUCUACCUUCUGCGGUUUUGGGGGAAGUAGGGGUUUCAUGUCAUUGAAGUCAUUGGAACUUAAUGAUAUGCCAAAGUUAGAGAAAUGGGAAGGCUUACAAAGCACAUACAUGCCUUUUCUUCUCAAGCUUGUCAUUGGAGGAUGCCCACUUCUGAAAGUUCUACCCCUGCUUCAAUCUCUUAGCUCCCUUGAAACUUUAAAAUUUGAUGGAUGUGCUCAUCUACAGUCAUUGCCGGAGGGUCCACUACCUAAUACGGUAAAGAACUUUGAGAUAAAACAGUGUGACCUCCUCAAAGAGAGUUGUAGUGAAGAUGGAGGUGAUUGGAUGAAAAUUCGACAUAUUCCUAGGAUAGUGAUCGAUGGUCAAUUGAAAAGGGAUGUUUGAUGUUGGAGGCUUGAAGGCCUUUCCAGACACAACACUUGAGCUCAAGUAGCCUAAAGUUUAGGUCCAAAAUGCCAGGAAAUGGAAUGCGGCCAAUUGUCUGAGUAUGAAAAGCCCUGUCGUAAGAUCAUCAAGCGCCAACUUGCAAGGAUAUGGGACUCCUCAGCCAAAAAUUGUAGAAUCAGCUAUGGAGGCAACCAUUACUUCUUAUGGUUGUAGAAUCAGCUAUGGAGGCAACCAUUACUUAUGGGGAAAGGAGAGAUACUAAUCAUGGAAAUCAGUUGUCUGUAAAUUUCAAAAAAGAACUUAUAAAUGUUUAUAUAUACUUGGUUUCACUUGCAAUCAAGUGUCCAAAGUUAUGAAGAAAAAUCAAGUGUUUAUAGUGACUAGCC